CCCCUUAACCCCAAGCCCUUCCUCACGUCUCUCACAGGAAAGCAGGUUAUGGUGAAGCUUAAGUGGGGCAUGGAAUACAAGGGAUACCUUAAGUCGUUUGACGAGUAUAUGAACAUCCAUCUUCUAAACAGCGAGGAAUGGGUAGAUGGAAGCUUCAAGGGCAGCUUAGGGGAAGUCCUAAUUCGCUGCAACAACGUCCUUUACAUUAGGCAAGUCCAGGGAGAGGAUGAAGCGGACGAGGCGUCUUAG